AUGAGCAAUGCCUGCAAUUGGAGCAACAAUCGUGCAACAACCAGCAGAAUGUCAACUUCAAGUCUUGUGUGGCUGCUCCUCCUGCUCUGCCAUGGCAUCGAAGGCCAGCAGCUGGUCUACGCGCGUGGCCAGCGUUCGCUUUAUGGACCACCGUCGUUGGACUGGAACACCAUCGGUAGCUUCAAUCCCAUCGGUCUGGGCCAUAUGACCAAGGAUGAGCUGUUGACGCUACUGGAGGCCUGGCAAGAUGCCGAUGAAGACACCAAGCCGCCUGCACCGGAGCCAGCUGAGCAUGCAGUACCAACGGCAGCGCCACCAGAGCGGCCACCAGCGCCACCACCACCACAUCGUCCAGCGCCGCCUGCGCAUCCGGCGCCACAGCCUCCACGUCCUGCUCCUGCACCAGCACCGACACCGGCACCCGGAGCACCAGUUACCGUGCGCCUGCCUGCCUUUGUGCCCAUCCAGCUCUCGGCCAUGUUCACGCCACCUGCGCAAGCUGGUGGUGCACAGGGAGCAGCUGCUCCCGUGGACACUGGAAUUGCUUUCAACAUUGACAACGGUGCGGGUGGCCUUGACAUGGUUGCGCAAUCCAAUGAUAGGGCCUCGCCACGCCUAUUUCGCUUUAUGCAGGUGCCCAUGAUUGCCGCCCAGCCGCGGGCACGUUCCCCCCAGCCGCCAGUGGUGCGCAAUACCCUGGAAAGUGUUGACGCUGGCAUUGCGCCACUUUCCAAUCUUGUGCAGGCAAAGGCGCUCAGUGCAAGUGACAGGCCUAAGGAUCUGCGUCAAGCGCCGCCAGUUAGACCCAGAUUUGCGCUGCCACCCUUCCUAGCCAAUGCGCCCGGCCCUCUGGAACUGGUGCCCUCCUCACAGAUAAUUGGCGAAUGGCGCGAAUAA